UUGAGUGUUCGCCGUAGGAUACGGUUUCCAGGUUCAACGAUCCACUCCACACGCACCCCUUCUUAGUCUGUCGGUCGCCAGAGCAAUGUUGCCGACGUUACCUCGCUCGAGCCGGAAGGAGUGACAAGCUGCGACAUUUCGCGUAUGGUGUCCCUUCAGCCGCGCAACAGCGGCUCCCCCAAGGUCGCUACGCGAUCGUCGUCGUCGGAUGGCGGCAAGCCGCGCUUUCUGUCGGCCGCCAUGUCCGCCGUCACGGAGCGCAACCGCUUCACGGAGAUCGUCUUCGCGGCGCUGCUGCUAUCCGCUUCGCUGCGCAUCUGGCUCGACCUGCGCCUCCACGCCCCGCGCGCCGCCUCCCUCCCCUGCCACACCGACGGCUCGCUUCAGCUGACCGACCAAUCGGUGUCAGCCACGUCAGCAUACCGCAACGACAGCGUCGUAGCGCUGCCCGGUCGCGCGUGGCGGCUGCCGGCGGGAGUAGCGCGGUCGUACGGCGGGCUGGGCGGCGGCAAGGUGGACCCGGCGCGCUUCCGCCUGCACGUGAAGGUGCUGGUCUUCGACCGCCCCGCGUACGCCCUGCGCUGCCUGCGCGCGCUGGCCGACGCGCUGUACGACGCGGAGCCCGUGUACCUCGACGUCUUCGUCGACCACCCCUUCGCGCUGCGCGCCGACGCCGCGCCCUGGUCGCCGCGCACCGCCAGACGCGUGGCGGCCUCCCAUUCGCUGAUGGCGCAGAUCGACGCGUUCGCGUGGCCGCACGGGCCGAAGCGCGUGAUGUACCGGUCGCAGAGCGCGGGGCUGCAGGGGCAGUGGGUGGAGGCGUGGUGGCCAGAGAGCCUUGCUGACGUGGCGCUGAUAGUGGAGGACCACGUGGUGGUGUCGCCCCUGUACUACCGGUACCUGAAGCGCCUGCUGGCGCGGUACUACUUCCGGCGCGGCGAGUUCGACCCGCACAUGCUGGGCGUCUCGCUGCAGCGCCAGUCCUUCGUGCCUGGCCUGGGCGGGGACCCCCUCCCCCCGCUGGCGCACAGCGCGCCGUUUCUCUACACCCUCACGGGCACGUGGGGGCAGGCGCUGCUGCCCGGCCCUUGGCAGCAGUUCCGCGUGUGGCUGGACGAGCGACGCUACAACGGCAGCCGGCAGCCGACUGUGGGGGGGACUGAAGACCACGCAGUGGGCAACCGGCGGUGGUCGCCGUGGGCCAUCAAGUGGGCGUACAGCCACGCCAUGCUCUCGCUCUACCCGCCGCUGCCCGCCAACCUCUCCCUCGCCUUCCCCUCAAGCGCUCCGCAUCCCCCGCCGACGCCCCCCUCGUGCCCCUGCUGCCGGGGAUGGGCGCACCUGGAGGGAGGGCACAGCUGGGGGGGCACGGGUGCGGCGCUUCGACCUGUGUGCGCGCCAGCUGAGGCACCUGCCCGUGGGGCGGUCGCUGGACGAUCUGCACUCGCUGCUGGCCGCCACGCACCAGGACAAGCGCGUCUCGCUGGUGGUGGUGCCGCGGGGAUCCAAGGACCUGCUCAACAACUGGCUCUGCCACCUGGACGGCAGCGGCCUGCGCUCAUUCGUCCUCAUCGUCCCCAUGCCAGCCUGGCAGCUGAGCUGUCCGCACGUGGCCUCGCAGCCUUCCACCUGCCGCCAAUCAGCAGGCGCCAGGCGGCACAGGGGCUGGGCAGCUGGCAGCGAGGGAGGGACGCCCAGGGGCUCAUCCCUGCUGACGUGGACAUGUGGGGCCACCUCAACACUGCUGAUGUGGCCUCCAGCUAUUUUGUGAUUCGCUCCCGUGCUGCUACAGUGUCAGCAUGGGGCCAGCUGGCAAAGCUGUGUGCGCAGGCGUCCAAAGGUGGAGCCAAGGGGGGCAUGGACAGGGGGGAGGUGGGGUGUGGGGAGCCCGGGAGUGGCGUGCAGCAGAGGCAGAUGCGCGUGCUUCUGACUCAGGCAAUGCACUUCAAAGAGGUGCCCUCCAUACCCUUCACACGCGACGGAGCCGCGCGAGUGCCCAAAGGCACACUGCUGCCGGCCUUGCUACCACCCCAAUCCCUGACGAAGGGUGGUAAGGUAAAAGCAAUGGACAGCAUUGGACUUUGGGUGAUUGAUGACUUUGACCUUGCCUGUAAGGCUGUGACAUGCAAAAGGAGGUUGUAUACUGCUGGUUCUGAUUAAUACGAGUGUAUUCUAGAUUGGA